AUAUAAAUAAGUCGAAACAGGGCGUCAGCUGCUUUCGAUGUGCAAUAGGAACACUCUUCUUCCUCAACCCAUCGCUUUCACAUCCCCGACCUUUAUCACUUUACCUUGUCCACAACGUCUUCUUUCCUUUGUGGCAAACUGGCAAUGGAAGUCGGAGGUGGAAGAGACAGGCGACGAUUAAGCAGCAGGGAAGCGAGUCCCGACCGAGCUAGACUCACCUACUCCCAUCAACAGCAACCUCCGCCGCAGGCGCCGCAGCAGCAGCUGCAGCAGAGGUUUGCAAGACCUCUUCGCAAACUACAAGUGGUGUACUACCUCUGCAGGAAUGGUCAAUUGGAGCACCCCCACUUCAUCGAGCUCCCUUACCUCCCCAACCACCAGCUCCAGCUCAAGGAUGUGAUCGAAAGACUGAGUUUUCUAAGAGGCAAAGGCAUGCCUUCGCUCUUCUCCUGGUCGUGCAAGAGGAGCUACAAGAAUGGCUACGUGUGGAAUGACUUGGCUGAUAAUGAUGUAAUCUACCCCGCCGACGGCGUCGAGUACGUGCUCAAAGGCUCCGAGAUCUUCCCUGGCGCUUAUGAUCGUUUCCAACAUCUUCCGGCAAGCAGCCGGCAGCCAAAAGCACUGCUUGCGCCUCGGAAGCUCCGUUUGGAGUUUGAGGACGACGACAAAGCAGAGGGUGUGGAUGACGAAGCAACAGAGGAGGAGAGGAUGGGAAGUAAGCUCGCCGUAGGCGGGAAGAAGCCUGUUGGAUACUCGCGGCUCCGUGGGGUUUCCACGGAGGAGAUGGAGCGAGUCGACGGCCGGGUGGCGACUCACCACCACGCCCCCACCGAGCUUCCCCUCGACGAUUCAUCCCCUCUGUCGUCGUCCUCCUCCGACAAGCCGCCCAACCAUGCUUACCCCGCAGCUGUUGCUGGCGGCGGCGGCUCCCAGCGAUUCGAGGACGUCAACUCGGCGCCGGAACUAGGCCUGUCGCGCAACUCGGUCCUGCUCCAACUCAUUGCCUGCGGCUCGGCUGCCCUCAAGGGAAGAAGCACCCCGAGCAGCGGGGCGGUCAAGGCAGCUGCAGCAGCCGCCAACUCCGCCUCGGCCGCCGCCGCCGCAGCUUCCGGCGGAGGCGAGCGUCACAUCAGCGUGCUGCACCGCGGUGCGCUAAGUCGACUCGCUGGCCGAGCGGCCGACGACGAAUCGCAGUGCUACUCGGAGCACCCGCGCUACUGUCAUCCCCUGGUCGAGGACAAGGAGUACUUCAGCGGCAGCAUCGUCGAGCGCAGCAGAGGCGGCGGCCCGCCGGAGCCUGUCCUCCAGAAAUCUUCUUCUUACAAAGAAGAAAGGAGCGCGAAGCUAGGGAUUGCAGGAGACGAAGAGAGAGCAGCAGGAAAGGAGGAGGCGAGAGGGAAAUGCAUUCCGGGGCGGAGGAGGUGCUCUGUCAAGCAAGUGUAGUAGUGAUGGCAGCAACAGCAGCAGCAGGUUUUCUGAGGAGGAAGAUGCAGCCGACUAUUAGUGUGGAAGGAGGAACAGUGGCGUUUAAUUACGAACUGUUCUGAGACUCAGAGGAUGUGGAUAUCUUUCUGUGGAUUCUGUGGUCGAUUUUGUAUCUCAACUAGGUCUUAGGUGUCUCGUCUGGGUUAACAAUUAUUCUGCCUUUUAUAUAUAAAAAAUAU